CCUUUCUUCUCCAUUCUCUAUCACCUCUCCAAAUCCCUUUUCAUCUUCUCUCUCUCUCUAUAUCUCUCAUAUACUCUCUUUUUCUCAUAUCUCCUUUUGCUUCUUUAAUUUUCUUGCCUCAACAAUUCUUCUUAAAUUCUAUUCACAAGAUAGUUGUUUUUUUUACCAUAUGAAAAGCACAUAAAAAGAAAAGGAAACCACACUUUCAACCUCCAAAAAGUGGUUUUCUAACCUACUUUUUUUGCUUGCAAAUCAGAUCUAAACCCUAAAACUUCAAGAGGGUUUUUUCUUACUUUUGUUUCAAGACUUCAAGAUAUUGUGAGUUAUUUUAGUUUUGUGUGUGUAUGUGUGGGCCGAGAUAUUUCGUAAACAGCCUCUCUAUUCUCUCGGGAAAGGAGUCGAAAUGAGAAAUAUGACUGUAGUUGGAAUCUGCCGAAAUAUUCGUGGACGUUAUCUGAGGGUAUUUUAAGUAACAAAUCCAUAGCUUAGCAAGAACGGAUAUAUAUAGAUUUAAGUCAAAAUGUUUCAGCCAAACAUGUUUGAGAGCCACCAUCAUCUACUUGAUAUGUCACAUAAAUCACCAGAAAAUGAGUUAGACUUGAUUCCAGAUGAUGAAUUUGACACCAAAUCAGGUACUGAUAUUAUGGAAAAUCCUUCUGGUGAUGAUCAAGAUCCUAAUCAACGUCCCAAUAAGAAGAAACGUUAUCAUCGACAUACACAAAUUCAAAUUCAAGAAAUGGAAUCGUUUUUCAAAGAGUGUCCUCAUCCUGAUGAUAAACAAAGAAAAGAACUUGGAAAACGAUUAGCAUUAGAGCCUUUGCAAGUGAAAUUUUGGUUCCAGAACAAGCGUACUCAAAUGAAGGCUCAACAUGAACGACAUGAGAACUCACAAUUGAGGAAUGAAAAUGAGAAGCUUCGUGCAGAGAACAUACGCUAUAAAGAAGCCCUCGGCAAUGCUACAUGUCCAAACUGUGGAGGCCCUGCUGCCAUUGGAGAGAUGUCAUUUGACGAACAGCAUUUGAGAAUUGAAAAUGCUCGUCUAAGAGAAGAGAUUGACAGGAUAUCAGGAAUUGCAGCAAAAUAUGUUGGGAAACCAAUGCUUAACUAUCCAAAUCUUCCUUCUACUGGAUCAACUCGUUCACUUGAUCUUGGAGUUGGAAGUCUUGGGCCUCAAACGGGCCUAGUUGGAGAAAUGUAUAGUGCCGGUGAUCUUUUAAGAUCAGUUUCAGGCCCAACAGAUGCUGAUAAGCCCAUUAUCAUUGAACUUGCUGUUGCAGCAAUGGAAGAAUUAAUAAGAAUAGCCCAAACUGGAGAACCUUUGUGGAUUUCAAGCCCAGAUAAUUCUACUGAGACACUAUGUGAAGAAGAAUAUGUGAGGACAUUUCCUAGAGGAAUUGGGCCCAAACCUUUGGGCCUUAAAUCUGAAGCCUCAAGAGAAUCUGCUGUUGUUAUUAUGAAUCACAUCAAUUUAGUUGAAAUUUUGAUGGAUGUGAAUCAAUGGUCAAGUGUUUUUGCUGGCCUAGUAUCAAGGGCAAUGACAUUGGAAGUCUUAUCAACUGGUGUUGCUGGAAAUUACAAUGGAGCUUUGCAAGUGAUGACAGCUGAGUUCCAGGUUCCUUCGCCACUCGUUCCAACUCGUGAAAACUAUUUUGUUCGAUAUUGUAAACACCAUUCUGAUGGAACUUGGGCUGUAGUUGAUGUUUCCCUGGACAAUUUGCGACCUACUUCUACGUCGCGCUGUAGAAGAAGGCCAUCUGGUUGUUUAAUUCAAGAAUUACCAAAUGGUUAUUCCAAGGUUACGUGGUUCGAGCACAUUGAAGUGGAUGAUAGAGCUGUCCAUAAUAUCUACAGACCUCUUGUUAAUUCAGGCCUCGCAUUUGGGGCGAAACGUUGGGUAGCAACGUUGGAUAGACAAUGUGAACGACUCGCAAGUGCAAUGGCUAAUAACAUUCCAACAGGGGAUAUUGGGGUCAUAACGAGUCCUGAAGGUCGAAGAAGUAUGUUAAAACUUGCUGAGAGGAUGGUAAUGAGUUUCUGUGCGGGUGUUGGUGCCUCAACUGCUCAUACCUGGACUACAUUAUCCGGAAGUGGUGCCGAUGAUGUUAGGGUUAUGACUAGAAAGAGUAUCGAUGAUCCAGGGCGACCUCCUGGUAUAGUCCUGAGUGCUGCCACUUCAUUUUGGUUGCCAGUUCCUCCAAAAAGAGUCUUUGAUUUUCUUCGCGAUGAAAACUCCAGAAGUGAGUGGGAUAUACUUUCAAAUGGAGGCCUAGUUCAAGAAAUGGCACAUAUAGCAAAUGGUCGCGAUCCUGGCAACUGUGUAUCUCUACUCCGCGUUAAUAGUGGAAAUUCAAGCCAGAGUAAUAUGCUAAUACUACAAGAAAGUUCAACUGAUUCUACCGGCUCUUAUGUUAUUUAUGCACCAGUUGAUAUUGUUGCAAUGAAUGUGGUGUUAAGUGGUGGCGACCCUGAUUAUGUCGCUCUUUUACCAUCUGGAUUCGCGAUACUACCAGAUGGUUCGACGAGUGGUCAUUGUGGAGGAAAUAAUGUUGCUGAAGUUGGGAAUGGUGGAUCACUACUCACUGUUGCAUUUCAGAUAUUAGUUGAUUCAGUUCCAACUGCAAAACUCUCACUCGGAUCGGUUGCAACAGUUAAUAGUCUCAUCAAAUGCACUGUUGAAAGGAUCAAAACAGCUGUAGCGUGCGACAACGCUUGAUGAAAAUCUAAGUUAAAAUUGAAGGAUGGAGGAGGAAAGAAGGAUGAGUUUACUCAAUGUUUGUUGGGAGGCUUAGGGAAGAAGUCAAGAACGCACCUCAUGUAAAUCCUUGCUAUACAUGGCAUUUGCUUUAGGGAAAACAAGAAGGAAAUUUGCAUUUGGCCAAAAUGCAAGUGUAAUAGGUUCGGGUAUUGACUUCAAAAGUAAUUGAAUUUAUGAUAUGUAAACCUAGGCUUUCUUACAUUUCAUGAUCAAACUCAAAAAAAUUGUCAAAUUGAAGCUUAUGUUUUAGCAUUUUUAGUUUGCGUUUUAAGGAGGUUAAAUUAGUUUUGACUUUGUAAUCUUAGUUUUUGCUAACAAAUUCAUGAGUUAUUUUAUUUCAAUAGAAGGUUAAUUAAUUGUGAACA